CGGUGUCCGGAUGUGGACGUGGCACAGCGCUGCAGCAGUUCCGCUGAAUGUCCGCUUCUGAUACCGAGAAGGGAUUAGUGAGAAACACCCCGGGACGACAUCAGGUUUCGGAGUUUGUCGGCCGCCGGGUUCACGCAGUUUACCCCAAACAGUGGAUAGCCUUUACUAUUUACAACACUUCGGAGAUUUAGGGAUGAACUGAGGAUGAAUGUAAACCAGCACACUCCAAUGGCCUCUCCAUACGGCCAGCCUCAGCCUGGCUACAGCCAGCCCGGCUACGCUCCCCUGGAUGGGGGGUACCCUGCACCUUACGCACCCUACAAUGGCCCAGCUUCAGCCUACCAGCCUGGGGCUCCGCCACAAGGUUACUCUCCUUUCACAAGCUUUCCCUCUAAGGCUGUGACAGCCAACCCAGUCUCUGACCUCUCCUCUCCUCUCGACUUAGGUCCUGCCAGGGGUCCUCCUGCUUCUGGACCCCCGCCAGUCUCAGCGCCUCAACCAUAUAAUCAGUACAGUCACAGUCAGGGGGAUAUGCAGAAUGGACCCCCAACUAUGACGCAGGCACCACCCAGGCCUGCUGCGUCUCAGCCAUACAAUCCAGGAGCUAUGAACCUGUCAGGGCCGCACCCCAGCUAUCCCCAACACUACGGGCCCCCAUCGACAAUACAGCAGGUCACCAACCAGAUGACUGGGAUGCAGAUUGCCUCUGGACCACCAACCCCAGCAGGGCCAGGAUAUGCUCCACCUCAUAGCUCCCAGCCUCCUGUCAGUACCGCCUACUCAGCUGCACCUCCACCCUCCUACACCCAAGCCAUUCCUCCUGUGUCCUCUGCUCCCACCCAGCCACCACCUCCCAGUGGCCCUGCAACUUCUCAGCAAUACUACGGAGGCCCACCGCCUUCUUCUCAACAGCCAUUCAACUCUUCUCUUCCCCCUACCUCUCAACAGCAGUUCACCUCCUCUGCACCGCCGCCUCCUUCCUCUCAGCAGACCUUUCCUCCCACCUCCUACUCUGGUCCGGUGCCUCCACCCAGCCAAGCUCCUGCUCCUCCCGUGUCCCAGUCACAGCAAUCCUUCCCCCCAACCCAGCCCCCCUUCUCCUCAGCACCUCCACCUGUCAGCCAGCCUGCCUUCCUCUCCGGUCCACCUCCCCCUGUCCAGGGCUCUUUCCCACCCAGAGCACCCCCACCUUCCUCUCAGCCUGGAUCUUUUCCUCCUCCUGGUCCUCCUCCCACCUCAACCUCCAGCCAAUACCCAGGCCCCAUGCCACCCCAACAGCAGCCCCCACUAUCCCAACCAUCCCCUUAUCACUCAGGUCCACCUCCUCCCAGAGCUCAGAUGCCUCCCACUUCUAUGCCCCAGAGCAACCACCUGCCUCCAGGACCACAGGGCCCACCGGGCCCUCCUGGGCCCCUGCAGCAGCCUCCACCUCAGCCUGGCAUGCAGGGAGGGUACCCUCCUCAGCAGAAUGGUGCGUUUGGGCAGGUGAGAGGCCCUCAGCCUGGCUAUGCAGGCCCCUAUCCCGGGCAACCAAACUAUGGAGCCCCUGCACCAGCACCGGCUCCUGCUCCACCUGCACAGAAAAGACUUGACCCAGAUGCCAUUCCUAGCCCGAUCCAGGUAAUAGAGGAUGAUAAGGCUAAGAGCACUGAGCCAUUCACCACAGGGGUCAGAGGUCAGGCCCCGCCGCUGGUCACCACCAACUUCCAGGUCAAAGACCAAGGGAAUGCCAGUCCCAGGUUCAUUCGCUGUACGGCGUACAAUAUGCCUUGCACAGCCGAUAUGGCCAAGCAGUCUCAAGUGCCACUGGCUGCUGUCAUCAAGCCCCUCGCCACGCUGCCACCAGAUGAGACCCCGCCAUAUGUGGUGGACCAUGGGGAAGGCGGUCCAAUCCGCUGCAACCGCUGCAAGGCCUACAUGUGUCCAUACAUGCAGUUCAUAGAGGGAGGUCGCCGCUUCCAGUGUGGGUUCUGCAGCUGCGUAACAGAGGUGCCUCCACAUUACUUCCAGCAUCUGGACCACACCGGUAAGAGGGUGGACUGCUACGACAGGCCAGAGCUGUCGCUGGGCAGCUACGAGUUCCUGGCUACAGUUGACUACUGUAAGAACAAUAAGCUUCCUCAGCCUCCAGCCUUCGUCUUCCUCAUCGAUGUGUCCUACAACGCUGUGAAGAGCGGCAUGGUCAGCAUUGUCUGCCAGGAACUCAAGACCCUUCUAGACUACCUGCCCAGGGAGAACCCAGAAAUGGACUCAGUGGUGCGGGUGGGUUUUGUCACUUACAACAAGGUUUUGCACUUCUACAACGUCAAGUCAAGCUUGGCCCAGCCCCAGAUGUUGGUGGUGUCGGAUGUAUCGGACAUGUUUGUGCCCCUGCUCGAUGGUUUCCUGGUCAACGUAAAUGAGAGCCGGCUAGUUAUUGAGAGUUUAUUGGAUCAAAUCCCAGAGAUGUUUGCAGACACCAGAGAGACAGAGACGGUCUUUGGACCCGUGAUCCAGGCGGGACUGGAGGCACUGAAGGCUGCAGAUUGUGCAGGGAAGCUGUUUGUGUUUCACACCUCUCUGCCCAUCGCAGAGGCUCCUGGAAAAUUAAAAAAUAGAGAGGACAAGAAGCUGAUUGGGACAGAUAAGGAGAAGUCUCUGUUUCAGCCCCAGGUGGGUUUCUACAACAACCUCGCUAAGGAGUGUGUAGCCCAGGGCUGCUGCGUAGAUCUCUUCCUCUUCCCCAACCAGUAUGUGGACGUCGCCACGUUAGGAGUGGUUCCUGUCUCCACUGGAGGUUCAGUCUACAAAUACACCUACUUCCAGGCUCAGUCAGAUCAGGAGCGAUUCCUUAAUGACCUCAGACGAGACAUUCAGAAACCAGUAGGGUUUGAUGCCGUCAUGAGGGUGCGAACCAGCACAGGUAUCCGAGCAACAGACUUCUACGGCUCCUUCUUCAUGAGUAACACCACAGAUGUGGAGCUGGCAGGCCUGGAUUGUGACAAGGCCAUCACUGUCGAGUUCAAACACGAUGACAAGCUCAGCGAGGAGACGGGGGCGCUCAUGCAGUGUGCCAUGCUGUACACCAGCUGCAGCGGACAGAGGCGUCUCCGCAUCCACAACAUGGCCGUCAACUGCUGCUCACAGCUGGCUGACCUCUACCGCAACUGUGAGACCGACACAAUCAUCAACUUCUUCUCCAAAUACGCUUUCCGUGGCAUCCUGAACAACCCCACUAAGGCAGUGAGAGACACCCUGGUCAACCAGUGUGCUCAGAUUCUGGCCUGCUACCGGAAGAACUGUGCGAGCCCUUCAUCAGCUGGUCAGCUGAUCCUCCCAGAGUGCAUGAAGCUGUUACCUGUGUAUCUGAACUGCGUGCUGAAGAGUGACGUGCUGCUGCCGGGAGCCGACGUCUCAUUGGACGACCGGGCUUACCUGAGGCAGCUGAUCAGCUGCAUGGACGUCGCAGAGACCCACGUCUUCUUCUACCCCCGCCUGCUGCCACUGAUGAAGUUGGAAAGCGGUUCGUUGCCGGUGGCGGUGAGGGACUCAGAGGAGAGGCUGUCAAAAGGUGGGGUUUACCUCCUUGAGACGGGGCUCCAUCUCUUCCUGUGGGUGGGAGCCAGCGCUCAGCAGGAGCUGCUGCUCAACAUCUUUGGCACACAGAGCUUCAGCCAGAUCGACCCAAGCAUGACAAGUCUACCAGUGCUGGAUAAUCCUUUCUCUCAGAGACUCAGAGAGAUCAUCGACUCCUUCAGAGCACAGCGAUCACGAUACAUGAAGCUGAUGGUGGUGAAACAGGAAGACCGAGCCGAGCUGAUAUUCAGGCACUUCUUGGUCGAGGACAAGAGCGCCAGCGGAGGAGCGUCAUACGUGGACUUCUUGUGUCAUAUGCACAAGGAGAUCCGCCAGCUUCUCAGCUAGGCCCCCACCCCCAACCCCCUCCAGAAAUUCCCACAUUCACCUUUAUUAUCCCCGCCACCACCUCUGACCCCUUACCUGGUUCACCCCUCCUUGUGAAAGAAAGAAAGCGCUUUAUCUUUUUUUUUUUUUUUUUUUUUUUUAAAUCUAAUAAACUAAAGCUCUCCUUGCUGUCUGCCACAGACCAGCUGGCAGAUCUCGUUGUGUGAGAGUUCAUGUGAGUGGUGAGUGUGUGUCUGUGUGUGUGUCUGUGUGUGUGUCUGUGUGGUGUCGUGAGUGAGUGAGUGAGUGAGUGAGUGAGUGAGUGAGUGAGAGAGAGAGAGAGAGAGAGAGAGAGAGGGGAUCUGAUGUUAAAUAGAGUUUUACUCUGCCUCAAAUCUACUGCUCCAACACAGCAGGAGCAAAAUAACUGACGAGGGAGAGUAAUGUAUAUACACAAGUGAACAAUUAUGUAUGCAACAGACUGAGUGAGCGACGAGGACAGCUGAUGUUGACUGUAGUUGGUGUACUGUCUGUAUUACUAGCACUGAAAGGCUGUUUUGGGUGCAUAAAUGACCCUCAGAUAGCAAACACUUUUUAUAUGAUUGAAUCCCAAUAGAGUGAAGAACAUCUACAUACCAAGACAUAAAUGGAAUUAAAUAAAUGCUGUUCUUUCUGUCUCUUCUCCCCUUUAAUCAUGGCCUUAGUACCCCCUCCCCAUGCUGCUCCAAUCAUCCACAAUGUAUGUGUGUGUGUGUGUAUCUGUCUGUCUGUCUGUCUGUCUGUUUCCAGAUGUGAGAGGAUUAGUCGCCCACUGCCCAAUUCUUAUUUCCUGCUGAGUCUCCAGGUGUGAGCAUUCGAACUUAAGCCCUAGAUUAACAGCUCACACUGAAGUCUGGUGAGUUUUCAUCUGUGGAGAGGAUGUAAAAUCUUUCAAAUCUGGUUUCAAUGUCCACAAAUACACUGAGAAUAAAAGUACACUGACAACCAGUCAUUACAGUAAUUGGUAUAAUCCAGUUUUUUUUUGUUGAUGUGAACAUCUGGCUCCCAUGUUUGGUCGUGGCUGAACCAGAUGUGCGUUUCAAAUUGCUGCGAUGAUUCUGUUACAAGAUUUUAAAGUCUGCGCAGCACUGUGAAAGGCCAGAGAUUUUUUUUUUUUAAUGAAUGAAGGAAGGGUGUGAACUUAUGAUCACAGUGAUGGGAAAUCCCCCCAGUGAUCGGUUUCUGUCUGUUGAUGACGUGUAAUGCUGCAGACUUUAUAUUAAUCAUGCAAUUUUCCAGCAGACAGAAAUGAGCACAGAGUGACAGCGGAUUAAUGGACUUCAGUUAAUGUUUGCAAACUUUUAAGUUGUCUCCGCACUGACGACGUUCAGUGUGUAAAUAAAAUAUAUAAUCUGUACAGAAUGAAUAGAAAAUAACAAUUUUAAAGACUUGCCUGAACAGCUGUGGUUUGUUGAUGGUUGGUUUCUCUGUCACAAAAAGCCAAAACAUAAAAUCAUGGCUUUUACUGAAGAGAGGAAAACGCAGAGGCUGGCUUUGCAAUAUGUUUGUUUAUUUGUGGGUGCAAGGUAUGAGUGUGUGUGUUUGUGUGUGUGUGCGCGCGCGCUUGUAUGUGUGAGAAUGUGGGGUUGGUCCUAGUGAAUUUCUCCUGAGGAACAGAGGGAUCAGCCAACACACACAGACACACACACGCUACCCAUGAGAUUAAUUUCAGUCCUCCUUCAUUUAUCACUUUCUGUUCCUUUUUUUUUAACAAUGUGACUUUUGUGUUUGUUUGGUGUGUGUGUGUGUGUAGCCCUCUGUUCCGUCUUUAUGUUCACAGAUUUUGAUUGACCCACGUCUUGACUGUAAUCUUAAUUUUUGUUCUGUUUUUUCUUUUGAUUUUUUUUCAUUGCCUCUUGGGACUGCUAAUAAAAUGAUUGUUAAAAGUUAAA